ACGAACACGCCCAUCUAUACUUAAACAGUGAAACAGUUUAAUUGCCUUAGGAAAGUAAACAAAAAACCGGCAUUUCUGUAUAUAUAGACCUGAUAGCACAUUAUCAGUUGAGUGUAUCGCCAAUUGUAGGGGUGAACUAGGGCGAUGAUUUGGAAGAUUAUUAUCACUUUGACUGUCGCACUGUGUGUGCAAGGAGAAGAGGAUGCUAUAUCAGAACAGAGAGUAGUCAUACAUCAUCAAAAAUCUUCAAGAGAUAACUCCUUUUCACACAAAGAACAAAAAAAAUAUGGAACUCAGGAUGAAUAUGCUACAGCGUAUCCUUCGUAUGAAUUCUCGUAUAAAGUGAAUGAUCCUAAGACGCGUGAUAUCAAAGGUCAACAUGAAACAAGAGAAGGUGAUGAAGUACUAGGAAAUUACUGGUUAAUCGAACCGAACGGACGAAAACGAACUGUAAAUUAUCAAGCCAAUGAUGAUAAUGGGUUUAGUGCCAUUAUCGAUUACACGGCAUCUCUUAAAGAGGAACAAAAAAAAGAAAAUGUCGAGGAAAAUCAAGGCCAAGACAAAAAUCAAGGUGAUAUGGAAAAAAGUAAGGAAGCAGUCAUUGAAGGUGCUGUUGACGAACAAAUCCAAGAUAUUCAGGACGAAAGUGGAGACAGUGAAGAAAAUUCUAACCCUCCUGCAGUAAUAGAAAAUAAUUCAAGUGAUCAAAAUGAAUCAGAUAACCAAGAAGACGAAGCAAAUUAUGUCAGCAAUAUUGAACGUGUUGAUAUAAAUUAUGAUUCAGCUCAAAGUACUCAGAAAGCCGAGAACUUUGACAACGAAUAUCGAGACAAUGAUAACAUAAACAAUAAAAAAGAAAAUCAAGCACAAGACAUUAUUGAGAAGGUUAAACCUAAAAAGCCCAAGAUGCGGGAUCGUGGUAGAAAUAAUAAUAGACACAAAAAACCUAGAAACAGCAUGCGCGCUAACCUCCAGGAUUCUAGACCAAAUGAAAACAAUAACAAAAACUCUAACAAAGGUAAAAAGUCAGAUUAUGAUAAAAAUUUAAAUAUACCACAAAAAAAUAACAUGGAUAAUUCUGGUAUCACAUUGAACAAAAGGCAAAAACAAUUUGAAGAAAACCAUAUCAACCACCAAAAAGAAAAAAAUGUUAGAAAAGAACAUCGAUUUAAAAAUAGUGAAAAUAAGGGAUAUAAUGAAGAACAGGAUGGUCGUAGUAAGAAAUAUGCUGCUAAUAAUUUAAAGCCUAGUGAAGAAGCUAGGACCAAUGUUGAUAUUCCCGAUAGUGAAGAGACUUACGAACACAGAAUCCGUAUUUAUCAUCCUAAGAAUAUAUCUCCGAGGCCAAAAGAAUAAUAAUGCUAACGUAUAAAGUCUACAGAGUAGACAAAAGCAAAUGUCGUUAGUAUCGUAAUUGCUAUUUAUUCAGUGAAACAAAUUAAAGCGACUUAAAUAA